AUAGCAAUUUACUUCUCAAAUUCACCAAAUUGAGCAAUUCACAAAAUAAAUGCACUUCUCCCACAGGUCAGUAUGACCGAGCCAACGGAUCGAAACCUUUUAUCGAGAAAGGAGAGCAGGUCUGUCAGAUUCCUGAUGGUCGACCCUGCUGUUGACUGUUACCUGGGAGAUGCCCAUGACCUGUGCGAGACUGAUGAGGAGAAGACCAGGAGUGGCAGCAGUGGCGGCUCUCAGUUCACAUCUGGAUCUGGAUCUCUGGCCGUCUGCACCCGGUCCUACUCCUCUGCCAGCUUCUGUAAGGAGGAUGAACGCAAGAGCAGCAGGACCAUUAAGAGAGACAAUAGGGGCGACUGCUACCUGAGCGACGUGUCCAGCUACAGUGAGUUGGACCUUAAGGAGAGCAGGUGUGUCAGUGCCUUGAGGACCGACCCUGCUGUUGACUGUUACCUGGGAGACGCCCUUGACCUCUGUGAGACUGAUGAGGAGGAGACCAGGAGUGGCAGCAGUGGCGGCUCUCAGUUCACAUCUGGAUCUGGAUCUCUGGCCGUCUGCACCCGGUCCUACUCCUCUGCCAGCUUCUGUAAGUAUGAGAAGGAUGAACGCAAGAGCGGCAGGACCAUUAAGAGAGACAAUAGGGGCGACUGCUACCUGAGCGACGUGUCCAGCUGCAGUGAGGAGGAUGAACGCAAGAGCAGCAGGACCAUUAAGAGAGACAAUAGGGGCGACUGCUACCUGAGCGACGUGUCCAGCUGCAGUGAGCUUAAGUUGGACCUUAAGGAGAGCAGGUGUGUCAGUGCCUUGAGGACCGACCCUGCUGUUGACUGUUACCUGGGAGACGCCCUUGACCUCUGUGAGACUGAUGAGGAGAAGACCAGGAGUGGCAGCAGUGGCGGCUCUCAGUUCACAUCUGGAUCUGGAUCUCUGGCCGUCUGCACCCGGUCCUACUCCUCUGCCAGCUUCUGUAAGGAGGAUGAACGCAAGAGCGGCAGGACCAUUAAGAGAGACAAUAGGGGCGACUGCUACCUGAGCGACGUGUCCAGCUGCAGUGAGCUUAAGUUGGACCUUAAGGAGAGCAGGUGUGUCAGUGCCUUGAGGACCGACCCUGCUGUUGACUGUUACCUGGGAGACGCCCUUGACCUCUGUGAGUAUGAGGAGGAUGACGGCAAGAGCGGCAGCACCGCUAAGAGAGAGAAUAGGGGCGACUGCUACCUGAGCGACGUGUCCAGCUGGAGUGAGCUUAAGGAGAGCAGGAGUGUCAGUGCCCUGAGGACCGACCCUGCUGUUGACUGUUACCUGGGAGACGCCCUUGACCUCUGUGAGAGCGACAGAAAGGACUAUCAGCUCAUUGAGUUACCGCGCCAGGGGAAGAACUCUGUUUCUCCCACCGUCAUGGUGUAUGACCUCCCACCCCGUCCUGCCCGUCCCGUGCUGCAGUGCUGGGAGGGCCCCCUGGUGGCCACGGAGACAGACACCGUGGUCCAGCUUUUGAAGGUCGACACCGGCUCAGACGACGUCACCACGGAGACAGACACCGUGGUCCAGCUUCUGAAGGUCGACGUUGGCUCGGACGACGUCACCAUGGAGACAGACACCGUGGUCCAGCUUCUGAAGGUUCGCACCGGCUCUGACGACGUCACCAUGGAGACAGAUGCCGUGGUACAGCUGUUGAAGGUCGAAGACGCCUUGGACAAUGUCACCAUGGAGACGGACACUGUGGUCCAGAUGCUGAAGGUCGACAACGGCGUCACCCUGGCCGCUCCGGCCUUGUACUGGAACGAGAGCGACCUCGUACUGACCAGCUUGGAUGAGGACGAUUUUCAGGGUGGUGGCGCCCCCUCUGGAGCGAUAGAGAUCAGCACCUCUCACCUGUCCAACGCUCCUGGAGGCCCGAGCGUGGCUGCAAGCGACGCUGCUGCCCGGCGUGAUGUCCUGCAGGGGCUCAGCGGUGGCGGCCUGCCAGAUGCCUGGCUGGAGCUGGAGCACGUGCUGGAGACCAACAUGGCCAACAUGCGCCAGGAAGUGCGCCUUCAUCUGGACGGCGUAGAGCACACGCUGAACUCUGACCUGCAGCUGCGCAAGCGCCUACGCGAGGAGGAGCGCUGGGCCGAACGCCACCGGCAGAAGCAGCGCCUGGAGGGCAUGCCCAUGUGGCUCCGUCGCCUCCGCAACGCUCUCAAAGGCCUGGUGAAGAGGAGGCCGAAGAGCGGCAGGACUCAACCGGACGAUAGCGCCGCAGCAGCAUCAUCAGCAUCAUCAGCAUCAUCAUCAUCAUCUUCAUCAUCAGCAGCAGCGGGCAGCGACGGCUCUGGGUACAAGGAGCUGUGCCACGUGGCACAGAGCGCGUGCCACUCGCAGGUGGUCCUGGAGAGGACGCGUAAGGCCCACGCGCUGGCCAUGGUGCGGCAGGCGGCCGCGCGCGAUGAGAGGAUGCUCAGCCAGGUUCUGGAGCAGCUGGACGACACGGAGAGAAACUUCCAGAAGCAGAAGGAGCUGAUGCUGCAGGACGUGGAGAACACGCUGGACAGGCUGCACAUCAGGACAGGCAACUCUGGAGGGCCAGUGGACAUGGAGGAGGAAAGGAGCAAAGAGGACACACUGAAGAGCAAGAAACCCAAGAAGAUGGGCCUGAAGAGAAGGUUUUUCAGGUGCCUUCGCUGCUUCACCUAAAUAUCAUCAUCAUCACUGGGCUGCCGGUUCAAGGUCGACUCCCCCUUACCCUGUCGUAGUGUCAAAGUGCUCCCGAUGUGCAGAUUGGCGCCUUGCAUGGCAGCCUGUGCCAUCGGUGUCCUUGAGCAAGACACUGAACCCUAAAGUGCUCCCGAUGUGCAGAUUGGCGCCUUGCAUGGCAGCCUGUGCCAUCGGUGUCCUUGAGCAAGACACUGAACCCUAAAGUGCUCCCGAUGCGCAGAUUGGCGCCUCGCAUGGCAGCCUGUGCCAUCGGUGUCCUUCAGCAAGACACUGAACCCUAAAGUGCUCCCGAUGCGCAGAUUGGCGCUUGCAUGGCAGCCUGUGCCAUCGGUGUAUGCCCAAAAGUGUUUUACAAAUGCAGUCCAUUUCAUCUAGUGAAGUAUCAGCUCUAUUUUUUAUUUUCACGCUAAAUAUCACCAAUAAAAUGACCUUCAUG